UCAGUGGCGAUUUUAAGGGGGAUCCAGGGGGCCAUGGCCCCAGGCCUCGUGCUUAUGGUAGCCAAAAGGGGCCCCACACCUAAGAAAAAAGAUGGAAAUUGUAAAGAACAAGGGCGCCGCAGUUGUUUUUUGCCCCGGAGUCACUUUCGACCCUGAUUGCACCCCCUGCGAGGACUCUCGACCCUGAUUGUUUUUGUUAAUGUAAACAUUGAACGUGUAGUGUAGUUUCCUGUCGUAGUAUGCUCGAGACGAUUGAUUUGCGUGUGGAGAAUAUCAGGCUUCUUCAACAAUAUUCAGAAUGUCAAGUUUGUGGAAACAGGAUGGCCUUUGAACUUUCGGGUCGUGUGUUUGAUGCUGAUUAGAAAUUGCCAAGAUGUGUCUCUCCUGUGAAAUGGAAGACAAGUGGACAGUGUUCAUUGAGUUUAUGAUAUUUCUCGUCUUUCAAGGCCUCGAUGUUGGGGCACAUUCAGGUGUUUUUGUUAUGAUCCAUGAGAAAGUAACCAGCUGUGCCAAUCUUGUGUCCCAUGUCACAAAAAUUCCUUGUUUCAAAGAUGCAAAUGGCACCAUAUAUGAAUUCAAUAACACAAUGGCAAAUCUUUCAAGGGCAUUUUGCCCCAGCAAUACCCUGUAUUGCUCUGGUGGGAUCAAUGGAACAGCAACAUCUCUUGACUCCAGUCAAAAACACCUUGACAUUGUGCAUAUGGUUUUUUUGGCAUUUCUCAGUCUUGGGGCACUUCUCUAUGUUGCUCACUUAGGUCUGCUGUUGCCAAAUUUAAUAAAAGCAUUUAUGGUCAAAGAUAUGGAGGUUUAUCGUGAAAAUGGGCCAUCAUACUAUAGAAAUGUUUUGAAAAUCCAUGUUGUUUUUCUGGUAUUGGAAACAAUUUUCUUUGACAUUCCCUGUGGUGGAAUAGUUAUGGAGUUCAUUGCCCAGCUGUGGAAGUAUGGGAACUUUAAUUGUUGGGAAUGUGCAACCUCUUUGGCUGCAGUCCCUUCGGAUAUGUCACUGGAUGAAAGUAAAAAAUUGCUUGUCCUCACCUGUGUUGGAAUGGCAUUUAUUGCUUUAUACAAAGGUAUGAUGCCUUUGUUUUUGUGGAUUGGAAACCCAUUCUGUUUUCCAUGUAUUCCUCUGCGCCUUGUCAUUGUCCUUCCUGCCGGCCUCAUUGCACUUGUAAUGACUCUUGGACCAGUUUUUGGUAUAGCAGAGCGGCGUCUUAUACCUUUUGCCCCACCUGUGAUGCUUGCACAAAUCAAGAAUGUGGGGAACACCUUUUUCUCGAUUGGCAUGAUAUUCUGGGGGAUAUUUGGAAUCAUUGGCCUUAUGAGCUUUCUUUGCUGGUACAGGUAUUGCCGUGAAGGAGCUGAGAAAACCGCAGAUUGUGGAUGUUGUUAAUAGACUCUUUCCCUUGCUGUGAGUUAUUUAUAGAAUUUGUUCUAAAAAUGCUCACAAGGUGUAACUUUAUUGUCAUAUUGUUUUGAUGCAAAGCAUUCUGGUAAAACUUUCCUCAUUGCAAAAAGCUUCUCCAUCUCUAAAUGACAUCAAUUACAGAGCACUCCAUUUGUUGCAUUCUGUUUGUCAUCGUGGUUUGAAGAUUUUUAAAUCUUCUUCACAUAUUCCUUGGCAAAAGCAGUGGGCCCUAAAAUAAUCCUCAUCCAAAAAUGUGUGUGAUUUCAAGGUCUGAAACGAAAAUGAGCUUAGUUUCCUUGUAGCGGAUAUGAAAGUAUUUAUUGUUUUAGGUAGAUAGUUGGUUAUUUUUGUGUGUAUUUAACAAGUGUUAAUAUAUAUUAACCCUUUAUAAUUACUAACCCUUAGGCUGUCAUCAGUAAUUGAUUUUUACUAUUGUGCUUUUUUAUCUUGUGUGCAUUUUAACCCUGUGUGCUGUACACAUUAAGCAAUGUGUAGAUAAACUGUGUACAUAAAAUGCUGUUUAACAAUAUUGUUAUUUUAACCUUUUAUUUUGUUGGAUUCAGUAGUUAAGGUAAUUUUUGCUAUUACAUGCAGGGAUUGCUUGCUUGCUGCUUGCUUACUUACAGUUACCGGUCCAGUCCUUAGGGUCCAGUUACCGGUCAAGCCAAUUUGUAAAUGUUGAACAUAUUUUAAAUUUAAUAUAAUUUUGAAACAUUUGUUGGUAGUUGGCUCUUUGACAUAUCUUGUAACAUCAAUUUAAAUUUAAGGGUUAAGUGAGUCUGGUGACAGUAUUGUCAUAGGCAGUGUUUUAAUCUAUAAUUCAAUAGCACAUUUUCAUUCUUACAUGUUUUAAGACUCAAAAAGGCUUAUAAAUUUUUCAUACAACUAACAAAUUUCUUAUGCAUGCUCCUCAAAAGAAUCAAGAGGUAUAUUUUUUCUGUUAAGGCUAUGGAUGAUUUUUAUGAUGGUUGACAAAUUUUUGGCAAAGUUUCAAUGACUGUUUUAACCUUGACUGUUUUAAUUUAUUUAAUAACUUCCUAUGAAUUUGGUCAAUAUUUUGUGUUUCAAAUGUUCUCCUUGUAACAGUAGGACUUUAAAUACUUUUCGCCUACUACAUGGCCUAGGGAAUUCAGGAUUGUUCCUUAA